AUGCGGUUCUUCAAAAAGUCUCAACCAGCUGUCAAUGCCGAGCCCAAAGAGGUUUCACCCUCUGAUACACCCGUGGGCACAACAGCGCGGAACUCCUCAGUCGCCUAUGAUGGAAAACCCGUAACUGAUAUGGCUCCUCCACCGCCAGUGCAUUUGGAGGAGCCAGAGGCGAGAACGAAGGCGUUGAUCCUAGGGGGUAUUGCCUCAAUCGGAGGGUUUUUGUUUGGAUAUGAGAGUGGUCAAAUUUCUGGAUUCCUUCAAAUGACCGAUUUCAUCGCCCGCUUCGGAUCUAAUGGUUUUGACGCCGCCCGUCAAGGAACCAUCGUCGCUCUCCUCUGCGCCGGUACGCUCGCCGGUUGUCUCGCCUCCGGCUACGUAUGUGAUCGUAUUGGUCGUCGUCUUACUAUUUCCGCAUCGGCAUUCUUCUAUAUCGUCGGUGUGGUGAUUGAAAUUACCAGUGGUGAGCGUGGUGCUUCAACUGAUUGGGUGCAAUUCGCCAUGGGUCGGUUUACUGCUGGGUUGGGAAUUGGUGCGUUGAGUACUUCUGUGCCUAUGUAUCAAUCUGAGUCUGUUCCGGCAUCGGUUCGUGGUGCGAUUGUUGCUUCGUAUCAACUUGCUAUUACGUUUGGUAUUCUCGUUGCGUAUAUCAUCAACUAUGGAACCUCGCAAAUCCAGAAUAGCUCGGCUCAAUGGCGUAUCCCAAAUGGACUUUCGGCGCUUUGGGCGAUUGUUCUAGGAACUCUAAUUCUUUUCAUGCCAGAGUCGCCUAGAUAUGCGUAUCGUCAGGGAAGAAUUGAGGAGGCGAGACGGACGAUGGCUUCUCUUAUCAAGGGUGGUGAGCCUCAUGGCCCAUAUGUCGAUCAGCAGAUCCGUGAGAUCCAAGAAAGACAGGAAGCUGAGGAGGUUGGUGGUGAUCAUCCUUGGUAUGAAAUUAUUACCAUCCCAAACAUGAGAUAUCGUGUUUUCCUUGGAAUGGCUCUGCAAGCUGGACAGCAGUUGACUGGUGCAAACUUCUUCUUCUACUAUGGCACAACUAUCUUUCGCUCCACAGGCAUUGAGAAUAGCUUUGUCACUUCUAUCAUUCUAGGCGCCGUCAAUGUCCUCGCGACCAUUGUCGGCAUAUUCUUCGUCGUGAAGAUGGUGGGUCGUCGCAAGGCUCUGAUGUGGGGAGCCGCCGUUAUGUGCGGCUGUUUCUUCAUCUACAGCUUCGUUGGAUCCUUCGAAAUUGACGCUGAUAACCCGACGAAUUCCAAAACUGGUGGUGGUAUUCUCAUUGCCUUCACUUGCAUCUUCAUCGCUGCGUUUGCCACGACAUGGGGUCCGCUUGUUUGGGCUAUCACAGGAGAGAUCUAUCCCGCAAGAUACCGCGCGACUUGCCUUGCUAUUGCCACUGCAUCCAACUGGCUUCUCAACUUCCUGAUCUCCUUUUUCACUACUUUCAUCACCAACAAGAUCAAUUACUGGUAUGGACUUGUCUUCGGCGUUUCCACGUUCGUACUCUUUUUCAUCGUCUACUUCUUCCUUCCCGAGACCAAGGAUCGAAGUAUGGAAGAGAUUGACAGCAUGUUCAUCUUGGGUGUCCCAGCAAGAAAGAGUGUGAAUUGGAAGUUGAGCGAUGCUGGCCCUGAGGGACUGGCGGGGUUGAACACCGAUACCAUGAGAUAUGCAAAUGGAGGCAAGGAGAUUAAGAAGGGAGAUGCGAGGGGAAAUCUGAUGGUCGAGGAUGCGGCCAGAUUUCCAGAGGCUGGUUCUGCGACUGUUUAA